AUCUACCAUUUCAAAUCAUCUGCUUUCACAUUUCGUCAAUCAAGCCCUUCAAUCAACAAAAAGAAACCCUUAAUUGGCUUUAUGGAAAUCGGUUCUUUCACAUUUCUAUCUCCGGAAGAUUUUUCUUAUAACAACAACAGCAACUUCUCUUGGUUUCAAGAUAUGGACAAUGGGUUCAAUGGGAACGGCAAGAAGAGGGGUAGAAAAGAUGACGAAUCUUUGGUCAACGAAGAAUCGAAGAAGAGCGCGUAUGGGGAUAUACUUUCCUCGAUUUUGCUCUUGGACGAGGAAGCAAAGCAAGAGCAACUUCAAUGGGUCACUGACUCUGAAGAAGAAAAAGCUUUCUUCGAAGCCAACUACAAGGAAAAAGUUCAAGAAAUGAAUGGUUAUUUCGACCAGCUGCAGAACCAAUACACUGAAAUGGACGAAUUGGAUAAUUCCAGUAACAAACGCGCUCGUAAAUCCAGUAUAGCGGUUGCUGCUGCCGUCGCAGCGAGUUCAUCUGGUUCGGACAAUGUGGGCCCAUCGCAGACGGGCAGUGGAUCCGGCCAGCAGAGGCGGUUAUGGGUAAAAGAUCGAUCUAAGGACUGGUGGGAGAAGUGUAACCACCCGGAUUUCCCCGAUGAGGAGUUUAAACGCGCUUUUCGUAUGAGCAAAGCCACGUUCGAUAUGAUCUGCGAGGAGUUGGAACAUGUGGUGAUGAAAAAGAACACGAUGCUUCGUGACGCGAUCCCGGUUCGUCAGCGAGUGGCGGUUUGUAUUUGGAGGUUGGCGACGGGCGAGCCGCUUAGGAUGGUAUCGAAACGAUUCGGAUUGGGGAUUUCCACUUGCCAUAAGCUGGUAUUGGAGGUUUGCACAGCGAUAAAAACCGUUUUGAUGCCUAAAUUUGUUCAAUGGCCUGACGAGAAUAAUAUGAAGAGGAUUAAAGAGGAUUUUGAGUCGGCCACUGGGAUUCCAAAUGCGGGUGGUUCCAUGUACACUACUCACGUGCCUAUCAUUGCACCAAAAGUUAGCGUGGCAGCGUAUUUUAACAAAAAGCAUACGGAGAGGAAUCAGAAAACUUCCUAUUCGAUUACCCUUCAAGGAGUUGUUGAUCAACGAGGAGUGUUUACAGAUGUUUGUAUUGGCUGGCCUGGUUCCAUGUCUGAUGAUCAAGUUUUAGAGAAGUCUGCCUUUUACCAACGAGCCGCCAGGGGACAAUUGAAGGAUGUUUGGGUCGUAGGGGGUAAAGGGUACCCUUUGAUGGACUGGGUUUUGGUUCCUUAUACUCACCAGAAUCUGACUUGGGCUCAACAUGCUUUUAAUGAGAAAAUUGGGGAGAUCGAGAAGGUGGCCAAGGAAGCAUUCGCCAGAUUGAAAGGGAGGUGGUCUUGUUUGCAAAAGAGAACCGAGGUUAAGCUACAGGAGUUGCCUGUUGUGCUUGGAGCUUGCUGCGUUUUGCAUAAUAUAUGUGAGAUGAGAAAUGAGGAGAUUGACCCUGAGCUCAGAUUUGAGCUUUUUGAUGAUGAAAUGAUCCCAGAGAACAAUUUGAGGUCUAUGGCUGCCGAACAAGCCAGGGAUCACAUUGCUCACAAUUUGUUGCACCAUGGCCUUGGUGGCAUUGGUUUUCUAUAGUGGUUUAUUAUUAUUAUUAUGAUUAGUAAUUAAUUUAGAAUCGUUUUUGUAGUCUUUUAUCUUUUGCUUGUCAUUCUUUUUGGCUAUGGAAAUAAAGAUCAUUUUUGAUUUAUUUCUUA